AUGGAAUGCGAUAUUUUGGCAGGGGAAAGAGGGCCAUCCUUCACGGAUGUGUCACAGAUAUCUAACUGGAAAGUGCUGCAUAUUCGUUUUGUUGCCGGGACAAGCGAAAGUUCUCACUCACAAACCAUAGACACUCGAAUGACAACUACAAGCUCAAGCCCCGUGAAAUUCCAAAGUACUUCUAAACGUCACCCAGAACCUUCAAAAGUACCAGCGUCUGUGCCUUUGAGUUCCUUACUUAACAUAGGCAAGUUAAUCGUGCCGAGAAAUGAUAUAGUCACUGUGGUUGUUGAGGAGUUCAAUCUUCAGGAGAAAGCAUGGCUGCCUCCUUUGGAGGUGAAAGUGUCUUUAGAGAACGAGCCUUUUUCCAGUGGCUCUUUCCGUGAUGCAUAUAGAGCGUCAGUAAUCUCUGGGCUUCCAGGUAAAGAAAAAUAUGUUCUGAAAAAAUUCAAGAAGGACCAGAUCAAUGGCAUAGAACAACUAUUUGACACAAUUGAAGCUCAUACAAGGAAGAUGGUCCAAAUGAAUGCCUUGGCUCGCAAUUUGGCUUUAAAAAUGUCCUUAAAUGUCCCUAAAGAAUUUGGUGACACUUUUACUUACAAUAAGGUGUACUUUGGCAAACUCAACGGCGAAGAGGUUACACUAGAAAGGUAUUUAGAGGGAAAAUUCGUGAAACACAUCAACAAUACUGGUGACAUCUACACUAGUCUUGGAGACGAACUAGGGAUGAAGUGUGAAGCUUUUGUCCAUUACACGUAUCAAAGCACCGAUAGGCAGCUAAUGGUGGUAGACAUACAAGGAGUUGGACUUGAUUUGUGUGAUCCAGAAAUAGCAUCACACACCUUGAAAGAUGACAAAGAUAAUUCUAUUUUCUUUUGCACAGUUAUACAACAGUUUCGAGCAGAAUACUGUGGAAUAUCCCAUGAGUCACUUGUAUUUUAUAUUAAACACGAGCCUUUAGGCGAGUUUGUAUACAAAGAAAACACAAGUGAUGAGUGGGAUAUCCAUGGUAUGCCACGAGAAACCAUUGUAUAA